CGUCAGCGCGCCCCCGCGCGCCGGAGGAGUGGGAGCAGCGGGCCGGCAGACGCUGAGGCUCCGGACCCCUCGGCCCGGCGAUGGAGUUUCCGGACCUCGGAGCUCACUGCUCGGAGCCGAGCUGUCAGCGCUUGGAUUUUUUGCCGCUCAAGUGCGAUGCCUGCGCGGGCAUAUUCUGCGCGGACCAUGUGGCCUACGCCCAGCAUAGCUGUGGAUCUGCUUACCAAAAGGAUAUCCAGGUACCUGUCUGCCCUCUCUGUAAUGUGCCUGUGCCUGUGGCUAGAGGGGAGGCCCCUGACCGCGCUGUGGGGGAGCACAUCGAUAGAGAUUGUCGCUCUGAUCCAGCACAGCAAAAACGUAAGAUCUUCACCAAUAAGUGUGAACGCUCUGGCUGCCGGCAGCGAGAAAUGAUGAAACUGACCUGUGAACGCUGUGGCCGAAACUUCUGCAUCAAGCACCGUCACCCACUGGACCAUGAUUGCUCUGGGGAGGGGCACCCAACCAGCCGGGCAGGACUUGCUGCCAUCUCCAGGGCACAAGCUCUGGCUUCUUCUACAAGCACCAUUCCCAGCCCAAAUCGGACCUUGCCUUCUUCCUCUACCUCUUCCCACAGAGCCACAACCCAAUCUCCAUCCCGGACAGCCCCUCCAGUGAUUGCUUUGCAGAACGGCUUGAGUGAGGAUGAGGCUCUGCAACGAGCCCUGGAACUGUCCCUGGCAGAGACCAAACCCCCAGUCCUAAGUUCUCAGGAGGAAGAAGACUUAGCUUUAGCACAAGCACUAUCAGCCAGUGAGGCAGAGUAUCAACGGCAGCAGGCCCAGAGCCGCAGCUUGAAGCCAUCCAACUGCAGCCUGUGCUAGGGCCCUGGGCUUGGGGAGGGGGGCUCAGCUGAGGAGGAUUGUGGCCCUCACACCUCUAGGGUACCCAGGGAGAGGAGGCCCGGAGCAGCCUGGAGUGCACAAACAAGCAGGAGUGAUGUGGAGGCCACCUCCAGGGAGCGAGUGUCAGCAAAACAGUUUGCUGAGCUGAGCCUAUAGAAGGCCCUGCUGGUGCUCCAGCUACAUGGGAUCCAGUGGAGAGAAACCAUUCUCUGGUUGAGCCCUCGGUGGAUGCUGGCCAGGCCCCACUUUCAGCCCCCUUCAUCAUGUCAUCCCCCUUAUGCUGGGACUACUGUCAUGUGUAGUGGGUAGGGAGUGGCCUGGAAAAAAUAAAGGAUCUUG